CGAAGGGCGGAGCGGCAUCAUGGCGGCGUCGGGAGCCGGUGACCCUCUAGAUGCUAAGAGUGGAAAGGCCCCUUUGGCCCAGCGCAUCGACCCGACUCGGGAGAAGCUGACGCCUGCGCAGCUGCAAUUAAUGCGGCAGGUGCAGCUGGCCCAGUGGCAGAAGACGCUGCCACAGCGGCGGACCCGGAACAUCGUGACCGGCCUGGGCAUCGGGGCCCUGGUGUUAGCUAUUUAUGGUUACACCUUCUACUCAGUGUCCCAGGAGCGUUUCCUAGAUGAGCUGGAGGAUGAGGCCAAAGCUGCUCGAGCCCGAGCUGCGGCAAGGGCAGCAGGACCCUGAUCCAGAUGGGCAUUGCUCAUCUCUAAUCUGCUGGAGCCCCUUCACAUGAUGGAUGAUGCCCCAUGACCUUGUAGAAGUGGAAGCCUGCUCACAGCAUUACUGGCCACCUUACUAACCUCGGACAAUGAUGGAGCCCAAAAAACCAGGGAUUUAUGCAUUUGGCCAUCGUCAAGGGAACAUUGCCUACCUCACACUCACUGUGUGUGGCAGCUGAGCCCUUGUAGUUUGUUUUCUUUUUUGAAAGGUAUCCAACCAUGGCUUUUCCCAAGCAUUCUGACUUUGUGUUUUUUUCCCCUUCAUUUCCCAGGGGCUUCGUGGAAGGACAAGAGGUGGACUGUUAUGGGAGUGGGUGUGGCAGCUCUGUGCAGUGUUGGAGCCUAUAGGAAAGAUGGGGUCAGGUUGAGAAUAAUAAACUGAGUCAUCUCUCUUGGA